UUCAUGUGCUAGCUGGAACUGAGUCUUCAUCCAUACGUCAAGAGAGUGGUAUCAUGUCAGCCAACGUUGGAGACACAGUGAUUUUGCACUGCUUUCAUGAAAGCGACAUGGCAGUAUUGUUCUCUUGGUACAAGCAAACCUUGGGAGUUAGACUUCAGCUCUUCUCAACUGUCAAUAAGUUUGAAAAGAAUGCAACAUUCUACCAUGAGUUUAAGGAUAACACUCGCUUCUCAGUGGAAAAUGGCCAAGAAAAGAAUCACCUAAGGAUCUCACACAUGCAGCUGUCAGAUUCAGGCACAUACUACUGUGGGAGCUCUUACAGCAAUAAGAUGGAGUUUGGAGAAGGAGCCAUUCUCAUUGUAAAAGGUAAAAAUAACAUUAUUUUUUAAAAUAUGAAUUUAGAGAUAUAAUGUGUAAGUAUGAGGUAUUCUCUUAAGCAGAUGAGAUUUUAUUUUAACAAAUGAUCAGUUAGAACAAUUGCUACCGUGAUAUUCUAGAAAUGAUGUGGGUUAAUUCACCUUUUUGUCAGUUUCAGAGUCCAGAAACAUGACUGUGCUCCAGCAAUCUGUGUCUGAGUCAGUCCAGCCAGGAGACUCUGUGACUCUGAACUGUACAAUACACACUGAGACCUGUGCAGGAGAACACAGUGUCUAUUGGUUCAGACAUGGCUCAGGAAAAUCCCCUCCAGGAAUCAUUUACACCCAUAGAGACAGGAGUGAUCAGUGUGAGAAGAGCCCUGAGACUGGGUCUCCUACACAGAGCUGUGUCUACAACCUCCACAAGAGGAACCUCAGCAUAUCUGAUGCUGGGACUUACUACUGUGCUGUGGCCUCAUGUGGGGAGAUACUGUUUGGGAAAGGGACCAUGCUGGACAUUGAGAGUAGGUUAAAGAGCUAAAAUGUUUUUUAAUCAAAGUUAUUUACAUUGCAGGUGAAGUCUCAAUCCAAAGUCUCUUAAAAAAGACAUACUUUCAGACUAGACAAUCUACAGAAAUAUAUUAUCUAUAUUUAGUUCUAUCUAUCACUGUUUUAAUCAUCACAGACCAUAGAGCAGACCCUCUUCUCUUGGUGUACUGCCUGGGUGUAGCAUUGGCUCUUUCGUUCAUCCUGAUCAUUAUCCUUGCUUACAUCAUGUACAAGAUGAACAAGAGAAAGUGCAGAGGUAAGUGAUUAAAUGUUGCUAUUCUUUGAUAUCACCAUCUCUAGAUGUAGCAAAAGUGGAAGACUUGGAUUUAUAUUGUUUUGUGUCGUUGUUCUCAGAACUGGUCUCUCAGACAAGAGGUCCUACAGUUUCCCGGUCAGGUGCAGGGGUAAGCAGGAAUCAUUUUGUGUUGUAAUGAAAACACAACCUCAGUCAGCUUGCAAAAAAUUAUUACAUUUAACGUUAAAAAUGCUGUUCUGUUUCUUACAGGCCCAAGAUGGAGACAGUCUCCAUUAUGUAGCUCUGAAUCUGAGCAACAAGAAGAACAGGUCUAGAAGACAGAGAAGCAACAUGGUGGAGGAGAUGGUGUACUCUGGGAUUAGACAGUAGAACUGGAUGAAUGACACAGUUGUCAUGUUAUGCAAGAUAGCUCUUUAUUAACUAGAUAUAUGUGAAUGCUUCAGUACUCUUUUAAGUGUAAUACAAAGUACAAAUAAUUGAACGCAUUGCUUCUCUGUCCAAGUCAUUUUACAUUUGAUUUGCAUGUGUAAAGAAAACAAAGCAUUUCCAACUGCUAAACCAAAUUAAUUAGAAUAAGUUGAACUCAAUGCAUUCUGUCCACACACCACUGUGGUCAUAGUGGAGGGUGUUACUGUGACUUUCCACUAUUGGAAACUAACCUUUCAUAUACUUUUAACACAGGAAGACUAACCUGCAGCAACACACUGCAAUCUACUUUCCCUCUCAGGGCCAAAGUACUGUUCACACCCGUUAGUGCAACACUGGUCUCUACACACAGUGCUUAUAAUGUAAAGGUCAAUGUCUUCUCAUUUAUGUAAAGUCAGUUAGUCCCUUGCAUCAUUUCACAGUAAAUAUCAUGCAGUUGUAGUAUAGGAGGUUUCUUCUUUGUUUUCUCUUUAAGACAUAGGCCUACUUAUUGCAUGACACACACCCCCUCACAUACACAGCAAUGUAUUUAAAUGUACUCUGAUGUCUGUUAUGAACAAAACACGAGGCUGUAGUUAUUCUACGCAGGACCCUCUCAGUCUUUCUUUCUCUCUCUCUCUCUCUCUCUCUCUCUCUCUCUCUCUCUCUCUCUCUCUCUCUCUCUCUCUCUCUCUCUCUCUCUCUCUCUCUCUCUCUCUCUCUGUCUCUGUCUCUCUCUCUCUCUGUCUCUCUCUCUCUCUCUCUCUCUCUCUCUCUCUCUCUCUCUCUGUCUCUCUCUCUAUCUAACUCUGUAUGUCUCUCGCUGUCUCUCUCUAUCUCUCUUCUCUCUCUGUCUUUGUCUGUCUCUCUCUCUCUGUCUCUCUCUCUUCAUCUCUCUCUCUCUAUGUGGUUUCAGCAGGAUAUCUCAGUGGUAUCAGUUAGUUGUAUGACAUACUCUUUUGCUCUUCAUGUUGCCCUUUUUAUCAACAAUAGAACACUAUUUUUAUGAGGGAUGUAGUUAUCUAUACAUAGUCUACUGAAAUCUGUGAAAAACCACAAUUAACUAUUUUUUAGGUCAUUUGACCUAGAGAUCUGAAGUACGUAGUUAAACACAAACCAUGGUUUGAAGUGGGAUGUAAAGUGUCAUCAUCAUCUGGGCCAAGAAGAAAUAGCCUCCUUCUAAUUAUAUAAUGGGAGGGCUUUUAUUCGUCCAUACAUUAGAGAAUAAAUAGUAUAUGAGAUUCUGCUGGUUAAGCAACAACGUUUCCUGUUUCUCUGUGUUAUGAAGUGAAUGUGUGGUAGUCAUAGAGGCCCUAGAGGAUGACAGGGUCAAGACAUGUGGCCAACCAGGUCCCAACUACUGUAUGACUCCCUUGGACCAUAAUGGCAAGACAAACAUUAAGUAAAGGGAUCCAUUGACUCUUGCUGUUGUGCCACUUACUUUGGGUGGACAAGCCCUCUGUUGGCCUGCUUCAGUACAUAGUAUUGUAGACAGCAUGAGCUGUAGUUAGACCUAAUAAAGGAUAUAUCCACAGUAGUCACAUUGUUUAAAAAAUACAUCUGAACAUCCACAUAUUCAAACUUGCUAUGUGAUAAAGUUGUGCAACACAGAAUCAAGCUGUACAACAACUUGAAAGGACAGUGUUUGUUCCAUUCAUGGCCUACUGGACGGCCCAUCGAGUGUUCAGCCAAUCAAAUCUGACCAUCAAAAUCAGACGGUACCUGAGAUCAACCAAUGAACACAAAUGCAAGUUUCCGUUCUUUUCUGUAGAAAGACUGCAUUUUACACAGGUCAAUCUCGUCCCGUGAAGGAGCAGGCAAGACGAAUAAGCUCCUCACCUUUUUUUAAAUCUGGAAAGCAUGGAAGUAACAUCUAGCUCAAUUGACUAAUGUUAUACAUGUUUACUUUACAUUUAAAGUGCUUACUAUAGACGUUUGGUAAAUGUUUUAAAUGUAGUAAAUAUAGUUGUUUUUUCAGGUGCAUUUCCAACACCAGUUAUUGUUCAGCCCACCUCUUCCCAGAAAGCAAAGCUGGGAGGCAAUGUGACUAUUGAAUGCCACAUGACCAGUGAGAACACAAACUACAUGGUAAGGUACAAACUCACCACCGGCAUGGUGCUUCAGUACAUCGCUAAAUCUUCUAAGUACCUGAGUGAUGUGCUAUUCUACAAUGAAUUUGAUGAUGGG